UUUUUUUCCCUUCUUUCACUUCUCCUCCUCCCCCAGGCUCCGGCUGGCAGGGGAGGGGAGUGGGGAACAGCGAGAGAUCAAAAAUAAACCUCUUAUGUCAAAAGCCGGGGGGAGAAAGUAUAAAUACGGCGCCGCUCCGCAGCCGGGCUCGGAGGCUGCGGGGGAGCCGAGGGUCCGGCCAUGGGGCGGCGGGAGCUGCUGCGGGGCCGGGCUCCGCUCCACCUGCUGCUGCUGUGCCACGCGUGGGCUCUGCCGCCCGCGCCGCGGGACGCUCAGCCGCUGCUGCCCUCCCGCCUGCCCGCGCCCCCGGGGCAGCUGGCCCUGCGCCUCGCGGCUUUCGGGCGAGCCUUCGUCCUCCGCCUCCGCCCCGACGCCGCUUUCCUCUCCCCCGUUCUCCGCCUCCAAUGUCUGGGAGGUCGGCGGUGGCCGGGACGGAGCGCGCCUCGCCGGGACUGCUUUUACGCGGGAGCCGUCGAGGGAAACCCCGACGCCCCCGCCGUCCUCAACCGCUGCGGCGGAGGUCUCCGAGCCGCUUUCCUCCUCGACGGAGCGGCUUACGAGCUGCAGCCUCUCGGGCAUCAUCCCUCGGCCGGACCGCCCUGGAGACGCCCGCACCGCCUCCAGCGCCGCGCCGCCCCGCCGGGCUGGUUCCGAGCUCCCGCCGCCCCGCCGGGCUCCGUCCGAGCUCCCGCCGCCCCGCCGGGCUGGUUCCGAGCUCCCGCCGCCCCGCCGGGCUCCGUCCGAGCUCCCGCCGCCCCGCCGGGCUCCGUCCGAGCUCCCGCCGCCCCGCCGGGCUGGUUCCGAGCUCCCGCCGCCCCGCCGGGCUCCGUCCGAGCUCCCGGGCAGCCGCUCCGCCGGGGGAAGCGCUUCGUGUCGCAGGCGCGCUACGUGGAGACGCUGCUGGUGGCCGAUGCGUCCAUGGUGCGCUUCUACGGGGAGGACGUGGAGAACCACGUCCUGACCCUGAUGUCCAUGGCAGCUCACAUCUACAAGCACCCCAGCCUGAAGAACUCCAUCAGCCUGGUGGUGGUGAAAGUGCUGGUGGUGGACGAGGCGGCCGAGGGCCCGGAGGUGUCGGACAACGGCGGGCUCACCCUGCGCAACUUCUGUAGCUGGCAGCAAAAGUUCAACCCCCCCAGCGACAGGCACCCGGAGCACUACGACACUGCCAUCCUGCUGACCAGACAGGAUUUCUGUGGGCACCAAAGCUGCGACACGCUGGGAGUGGCAGAUAUCGGCACCAUGUGCGACCGCAACAAAAGCUGCUCGGUGAUCGAGGACGAGGGGCUGCAGGCAGCCUACACCCUGGCCCACGAACUGGGCCACGUGCUCAGCAUGCCCCACGAUGACUCCAAGACCUGUGAACGGCUCUUUGGGCCCCUCGGAAAGCACCAUAUGAUGGCCCCUCUCUUCAUCCACCUGAACAAGAGCCAGCCCUGGUCUCCUUGCAGUGCCAUGUACCUCACUGAGUUUCUGGAUGGAGGUCAUGGUGACUGCUUGCUCGAUGCCCCCGCUGCCCCCCUGUCCCUGCCCGCCGAGCUGCCCGGACGAGGAGCCCUGUACAGCCUGGACCAGCAAUGCCAGCAGAUCUUUGGCAAGGACUUCCAGCACUGCCCCAACACCACAGAGGAGGAUAUCUGUGCCCAGCUCUGGUGCAGGACAGGCAGUGGGGAGCCCCUCUGCCACACCAAGAACGGCAGCUUGCCUUGGGCUGACGGGACCCCCUGCAAAGGCCACGGGCUGUGCUGGGAUGGCCACUGCAUGCCACAGGAUGCCCUGAAGCCCCAGGUGGCAGUGAACGGUGGCUGGGGCCCGUGGAGCCCCUGGGGCUCGUGCUCCAGGAGCUGUGGAGGUGGUGUGCAGUUCUCCUACCGCCUCUGUGACAGCCCCAAGCCCCAGCACGGCGGUGGGUACUGCGAGGGGCAGCGUGCCAAGUACCAGUCCUGCCACACCGAGGAGUGCCCGCCCCACGGGAAGAGCUUUCGGGAGCAGCAGUGUGAGAAGUACAACAGCUACAACUUUACAGAUCAGGAAGGGAACCUCCUGGAGUGGGUUCCCAAGUAUGCAGGAGUGUCCCCCCGAGACAGAUGCAAACUCUUCUGCAGAGCCAGAGGGAGGAGUGAAUUUAAAGUCUUUGAGGCCAAAGUGAUUGAUGGGACACUGUGUGGGCCAGAGACCCUCUCCAUCUGUGUCCAUGGGCAGUGCAUCAAGGCUGGCUGUGAUCACAUUGUGGGGUCCUCCAAGAAGCUGGAUAAAUGUGGGGUGUGCGGCGGCAACGGCUCGACCUGCCGGAAAAUAUCCGGCUCGCUCAACCGAUCCAAAUACGGCUACAACGACAUCGUCACCAUCCCCGCUGGGGCAACCAACAUCGACAUCAAACAGCGCAGCCACCGCGGGGUCCGUCACGACGGCAAUUACCUGGCCCUGAGGACCCUGGAGGGCAAGUACCUGCUGAAUGGAGACUUUGCCAUCUCAGCUGUGGAGCAGGACAUCUUCAUUAAUGGCACCAUCCUGAAAUACAGCGGCUCCAUGACAACCCUGGAGAGGCUGCAGAGCUUCCGACAGCUCCCAGAAGCCCUGACCGUCCAGCUGCUGACCAUCGCCAGUGAGGUGUUCCCACCCAAAGUCAAGUACACCUUCUUCAUCCCCAAGGAUGUCCCUUUCAGCAAGCAGAAAGGCAAAGAGAAGAAGUCUGCCAACGUCAUCCAACCGAUGCUGACCUCCCAGUGGGUCCUGGGUGACUGGUCCGAGUGCUCCAAGACGUGCGGCUCCGGCUGGCAGAGGCGGACGGUGGACUGCCGGGAUGUGGAGGGUCAAACCUCCUCCACCUGCGACAGAGCCCUCAAACCCGAGGACAUCAAACCCUGUGGAGAUGUCCCCUGCCCUCUCUGGCGCCUGGGUCCCUGGUCCCCCUGCUCCCAAACCUGUGGCCAGGGCGUGCGGGUGCGUGACGCCUCGUGCAUCGAUUACGCCGGGAAAGUCACCGCCCCGGAGAAGUGCAGCUCGCCCGGGCCACCGCCGGCCACCGCCCCCUGCGUGCUGCAGCAGUGCUGAGCCAGCCUGGCCUCGGGGCAUGUGCCACCCCGGCUGUGCCAGGGCAGGAUGGCGAGGGUGCCACGGGCCUGCUCGCCAGACAAAUAACCACUCUCCAGUGCUUCAUCCUCACCCCAUCGACAUCUACCUCAGAGCGGGGAGUAACAGCGGCAAAACGGAGAGGAGGCACUUCUUUUCCUUCCUUCCUUCCUUCCUUCCUUCCUUCCUUCCUUCCUUCCUUCCUUCUUCUUCUUUUCCUUUACUUCUUCCUUUUUCCUCUGUGCUGGGCCCUGGGGAGGCUGCAGCUCCAGGGCUGUGUUCAGUGUUGGGUCUCCCAUGACACUGAGGGGCUGCAGCAUGGCCAGAGCUGGGCAGCGGAGCUGGGGAAGGGGCUGGAGCACAAGGGUGCUGGGGGGAGGGGAUGAGGGCAUGGAGGAAGAGGAGGCUGAGGGGAGACAGGAGCACUCUCUGACACUCCCUGACAGGAGGCUGCAGGGAGCUGGGGGUCUUCUUCUCCCCAGUAAUAAAUGACAGGACAAAAGGAAACAGCCUCAAGGAAGGCUUUAUCUUUUGCCUGAGCUAAGCUCCUGUGAGACCCUUUUCUCACUACCCAGGCAGGUUUGGGAUGGGACUGUGGAGUGAGCUGCUCCCCUGAAGACAUACCAGAAACCCCAUCAUUUCUUUGAAACCUCAAGAUCUUCAGCCUUCAUCUCCAAUAGGCAUCUCCUAUUAAAACCAAGGGCUCUGCAGUUAAGGACUGAGGGUGUUGAGGGCCUGUCUCUCUUCUUUUUUCUCUUUUUUAAGGAAAGAAGGGAAAAAAAUAAAGGCCAGCUGCAAAGUUUGGAUACAGAGCUGUUUGGGUUGUAGAUCAGACCUACCUUCAGGCAAUGUUCUUCAUCUGCUAAUUAAUCUCCAGGAAUUUAAGCCCUCUCUUGCUCUAACAAAUAGCUGGAUGCUAAAGUCAUGUAGCCUUGCAGGGUUAUAUGCUUUUUCCCCUUUUGAGUCUGUGAGGGUUUUAACUCGAAAGGCCAGCGUGUGUUUCCUUCUCCAGAGUCAUAACGAGCAUUUAGGAUGGGUCAGAGAUGUCUCUGCUUGAGACAGUGCCAAGGAAAACAUCUGUAUUUAUCACACAGGAGUUGUGCACACCGAGAGUCUCUUCCAGCUUGUUGUAUUCACUGCAUGGGUUGCUUAGCCAGAGCUUCCUAGAUGCAAAAACUGCUUUCCUAGAUGCAAAAUCUCCUUUCCUAGAUGCAAAAAACCCCUCCCUGCCAUGGGCAAAUCCUGCUGCUUUUCCAGUAUAGGGACCCAGCUGGGAGCAAGGGGCCCACUGGGAUGAGGUGUGGGGUCUGGGUGAUGUUAAGUGGGCUUCCUGCCUUAAUCUUCCCAUAGAAACACGUAGCCUUUAUGCUGAUUUAAGUCAAAGAGGUUAUAUAUUAGGAUAUAUAUAUGUGUAUAUAUAUGUUUCCCUUCAGUGAAGGAUUUGUAGCAACAUACUGAGCCUCUUGUGUUAGGUAUUUAUUAUCAAUUCCUGUUUGGGUUUGUACAGUAGCUGGAUGGAGAGAACAAAAAAAAGAGGUAAAAAAAAGAGAGGAAAUAAUAAUAACAAUAACAAAAAAGACUGUGUUUUAACAUGCUGCUCCCACAUCCCCACUCUGAAACCUGCAAAGGAGUCAGAGAGGGGGGAUGUGUCUGCUCAUCGUUUAACCACUCGGGUAGAUGACGGUGUCUCCCUCCUCCCUGGUGCCCUCAGAUCAGGGUGUGAUUGCCAGCUGAGCUGUGUAAGCACAACAGCUUUGUGUUUUCUUCUUAAAGGGGAGGGGGAGGAAAUGUCAUUUUCCACUUUUUAGCCUUCUGUUUGUAUUUGUUUUUAACUUUUGAAAGCAGUCUCCUUGUGACUCUGCCUUUUACCUCUUCAAUAAAGGGUUUCCUGCCUCUUA